AUGCGAAUUCUUACAAACUUUACAAAUUUUUACUCUCGUUCAAACUCACGCAUCAACACUCUCCUGCCAUUAAAUGUUUAUGGACCAACGCGAACACCCUUAAGCAAUUCUCAUUUUCCAGUUCGUUUUUCAACUGUGGUUACGACACUCAAGAAAAAUUCCCCAAAAAUAAAACUUCGUCCUUUGCCUGUAAUUAAAAGUAAAGCACCUCGAUUUAUGGUUUAUGGAGUCUUGGGGGCAUCUUUUUGGAUCAUAAGCAUUACGCUAUCAUUUAAUCACCAACGUGCGAACAGCAGUACAGUUCAAGGGAGCCUGUUCAAUGUUCGUUACCAUCCCAAAUCUAUAGAAUUACUGGGUAAUAAUAUUAAUUUCUCCUCAAGUAAUCCGUGGAUCUCGGGUUCGAUCAAUCACUUGAAGGGUGUCGUUAACUUUAGAUAUUCCGUAAAGGGCGAUAAUGGCAAGGGAAUUGUCCGAUUUCAUUCGAUUCGUACUACAAAUGAUGAAAAAUGGCGUGUUUUAGAAUUCAGCCUAACUACUGAAGACGGAACGAUUAUUUCAUUGAAAGAUGAUGAAAAUCUUUCGACAUCGCUUUUAUAA